UACCGGCUUUUGUAGUCGACUGCAGGAGGUCACUACUAUUCGCCGGCUUACUGUGCUAAUUUGCAUUUCUGAUAAGAUUCAGAAAUUAUUAUUGUUAAACAAUCAAAUUGUUUGUGAAAGUGUGAACUUGUAGUUCGAGGUGAACCGUUCUUCUUUUUACUGAUCCGACUAAUAAGGAAUGGAGUGGGAAGGUCCGCCUAAACAAGGAUUGUACGACCCCCAGAACGAGCACGAGGCCUGCGGCGUCGGAUUCGUGGUCGCUAUCGACGGCAAACGAUCGCAUAAAAUAGUUCGCGAUGCCGAAGUAUUGGCGAAGCGUAUGGAGCACCGCGGCGCGUGCGCGUGCGACAACGACACGGGCGACGGCGCCGGCGUGCUCACCGCCAUACCGCACCAGCUGUACACUGCUCAGCUGAGAGAUUCUCACCAAAUCGACCUACCGCCGUUCGGUCAAUAUGCCACCGGCAUAUUCUUCCUGGACAAGCUCCAUCAUCAGGACAUCGAGAAGAAGUUCCAGGAGCUGGCCGAGAGCAUCAACCUGCGCGUCAUCUGCUGGAGAACUGUGCCAACUAAUAACUCCACCAUCGGUCAGGUGGCCCGCAACUCUGAGCCGUACAUGCGUCAAGUGUUUGUCACCGGAGACAUAAGCGAUGAGGAGGAACUAGCCCGCCAGAUCUUCGUGCUGCGUAAGCGCGCGUCGCACGAGUUGGUGGUGCCGGGCACGCGGUUCUAUAUCUGCAGCUUGUCGUUGAAGACUGUUGUAUACAAGGGGCUGUUGACUUCGAAUCAGCUAUGGGAGUACUUCAAGGACCUGAGCAACCCGGCGUUUACGACGUACCUGGCGCUGGUCCACACCCGCUUCUCCACCAACACCUUUCCCAGCUGGGAGCGCGCCCACCCGCUCAGAGUUCUGGCACACAACGGCGAGAUCAACACGCUGCGCGGCAACGUCAACCUCAUGAAGGCCAGGGAGGGCGUCAUGAAGAGCGACCUGUUCGGAGAUGAUCUCAAGAAACUCUACCCAGUGGUCGAGCCGAACCUCUCGGACUCGGGUUCCGCUGACUGCGUAUUGGAGUUCCUCCUGCACUGCGGGAGCCGCACCCUGCCUGAGGCGGUCAUGACCAUGGUGCCUGAAGCCUGGCAUAACGACCCCACGAUGACUAAGGAGAAGAGGGACUAUUACCAGUGGGCGAGCUGCGCUAUGGAACCCUGGGAUGGCCCGGCGUUGAUAUCGUUUACGGACGGACGAUACAUAGGUGCGGUAUUGGACCGGAACGGCCUACGACCGUCUCGCUUCUACGUGACGAGCGAGAACAUACUCGUCAUGGCGUCAGAGGUCGGCGUGUACGAUGUUGACCCAGAGAAGGUUAUCCAUAAGAGUCGUCUGAAGCCCGGUCGUAUGUUGCUGGUCGACACCGAGGAGAAAAAAAUCAUCCAGGACGUCGAACUGAAGCUGAAGAUCGCUCAGAGCCGCCCGCACUCUCAGUGGCUGAAGGAACAGAUGAUCACAAUGGAGGAAAUUCACAAGUCCGUGUGUCUGGAGAGCGGCGCGCUCAAGAACGGCCACGUCCACACCAUCAGCGGACUGUCCGACAAGCGCCUGUCCCUGUUUGGGUACACCAUAGAGUCCAUCAACAUGCUGCUGCUGCCUAUGAUACAGAACAAGAAGGAAGCUCUAGGCAGCAUGGGUAACGACGCGCCGCUGGCGUGCCUGUCGCGCUUCCAGCCGCUCCCGUACGAGUACUUCAAACAGCUGUUCGCGCAGGUCACCAACCCGCCUAUCGAUCCUUUCAGGGAGAAAAUAGUAAUGUCCCUGCUGUGUCCGGUGGGUCCAGUGGCGAACAUCCUGCAGCCGGCCGCGGAGUUCGUCCACCGGAUAUUCCUGCCGCAGCCCAUACUGUCCAUACCGGACCUCGAGGCGCUCAAACACACCACGCACAGAGGGUGGAAGACGGUAGUGAUCGACUGCACGUACCCGGUAUCCGAGGGUCCGUGUGGGCUGGAGGCGGCGCUUACUCGCGUCGCCAAUGAGGCGGAGGCGGCGGCCGCGACCGCGCAGCUGUUGGUGCUGUCCGACCGCGCCUCCGGCCCCGACAGAGUGCCGAUCAGCUCGCUGCUGGCUCUCGGAGCGGUCCACCAUCACCUGAUCGAGACUCGUCAGCGUAUGCGCGUCGGUCUAUUAGUCGAAACGGCGGAUGCUCGGGAGGUGCAUCACAUGUGCGUCCUACUCGGCUACGGUGCGGACGCAAUAUGCCCGUACUUGGCGUUCGAGCUUGCGUUCGCGUUGCGUGCGGAUCAUCUCAUAGACAAUACUCUUACCGAUGAAGACAUAUACAAGGCGUACCAGAAGGCCAUGGAAACUGGUUUGGCCAAGGUCAUGGCGAAGAUGGGAAUAUCUAUGCUCCAGUCGUACAAGAGUGCGCAGAUCUUUGAAGCUGUUGGACUCAGUGAGGAGGUUAUCGAUAAGUGCUUCAAAGGAACGCAGUCUAGAAUCGGUGGAGUGACAUUCGAAAUAUUGUCUAAAGAAGUGUUUGAUAGACACGCACUAACAUACGGCGAGUCUACAGACAUGCUGGUAUUGAGGAACCCUGGAAACUACCACUGGCGCGCGGGAGGCGAGAAACACAUCAACGAUCCCGCGUCCAUCGCCAAUCUGCAGGAGGCUGCAGCCAACAACAGCACGUCUGCUUACGACAGAUAUAGGGAGAGCGCGCUAGAGUCCAUCCGUGCGUGCACGCUUCGCGGUCAACUCGAGUUGGUCAAGUUGGAUGAGCCCAUACCGCUCAGUGAGGUGGAACCCGCACAGGAGAUCGUCAAGAGAUUUGCUACUGGUGCGAUGUCAUUCGGUUCAAUAUCUCUGGAGGCGCACACGACUCUCGCGAUCGCCAUGAACCGCGUCGGCGGCAAGUCCAACACGGGCGAGGGCGGCGAGGAGGCUGAUAGAUAUCUCAACCAGGAUCCAGAGUGCAAUAAGCGUUCAGCCAUCAAGCAGGUAGCGUCGGGUCGGUUCGGUGUAACUGCGUCGUAUCUCGCACACGCCGAUGACUUACAGAUCAAAAUGGCGCAGGGCGCUAAGCCCGGCGAGGGGGGAGAAUUACCUGGCUACAAGGUGACAGCUGACAUAGCGCGCACGAGGUGCUCCGUGCCCGGGGUGGGGCUGAUCUCCCCUCCCCCCCAUCACGAUAUCUACUCCAUAGAGGACCUCGCGGAGCUGAUAUACGACCUGAAGUGCGCCAACCCACGCGCGCGUGUCUCCGUCAAGCUGGUGUCUGAAGUCGGCGUGGGUGUCGUCGCUUCUGGUGUUGCCAAGGGCAAAGCUGAGCACAUAGUGAUCUCGGGCCACGACGGCGGCACCGGCGCUAGCUCGUGGACGGGCAUCAAGUCCGCCGGGUUGCCGUGGGAGCUCGGCGUCGCGGAGACUCACCAAGUACUUGUGCUGAACGACUUGAGAUCCAGGGUGGUGGUCCAAGCGGAUGGUCAGAUCCGCACGGGCUUCGACGUGAUGGUGGCCGCGCUGCUCGGAGCUGAUGAGUUCGGCUUCAGUACUGCACCGCUUAUUGCGCUUGGUUGCACGAUGAUGCGCAAGUGUCACCUGAACACGUGUCCGGUGGGCAUCGCGACGCAAGACCCCGUGCUGCGGAAAAAGUUCGCCGGCAAACCGGAACACGUCAUCAACUAUCUGUUCAUGCUGGCUGAGGAGGUCCGCACUCUGAUGGCGUCAGUUGGCGUACGUCGCUUCCAAGAGCUGAUUGGUCGCACUGACCUCCUGAAGGUACGCGAAGGUAACACAAACCCCAAGGCGCGUCUACUAAAUCUACAGUUGAUAUUGAAGAAUGCUUUGCACAUGCGUCCCGGCGUCAACAUCGUCGGUGGAUCGAAGUCGCAGGACUUCCAACUUGAGAAGCGCUUAGACAAUCAGUUGAUCGAGCGCUGCAGCGGAGUACUGGAGGGCAAGGAGACGCGUGCAGACAUCGACAUGACUAUCACGAACGAGGACCGAGCGUUCACCUCGACUCUGUCAUACCAUAUCGCCAUGAAAUACAGCGACGCUGGCCUCCCGGACGGCUCGUCAAUCAACAUAUCGCUGAAGGGCUCCGCGGGUCAGAGCUUCUGCGCGUUCCUGGCUAAGGGCGUCACUGUGACCCUGGAGGGCGACGCUAAUGAUUAUGUCGGCAAGGGUCUGUCUGGCGGUACUGUGAUCAUCUACCCGCCCAAGAACUCGCCUUUCGAGUCCCACCUCAACGUGAUCGUUGGUAACGUGUGUCUGUACGGCGCUACCUCGGGCAGAGCCUACUUCAGAGGAAUAGCCUCGGAGCGUUUCUGCGUGCGCAACUCCGGGUGUGUGGCGGUGGCGGAAGGCGCUGGCGACCACGGCUGCGAGUACAUGACAGCAGGCCGGGCGCUCGUGCUGGGACUCGUGGGACGGAACUUCGCUGCGGGCAUGAGCGGUGGUAUCGCUUACGUGUACGACAUCGACGGCUCGUUCCACGGCAAGUGCAACAUGGAGACGGUGGAGCUGCUGCCGCUGGAGAUAAAAGAGGAUCUGGAUGAAGUCCAGAAACUUCUGGAGGAGUUCGUUGAGUAUACAGGAUCUGUCAUCGCAAAGAACCUUCUAGAAUCAUGGCCGGAAGCUGCCAAGAAGUUCGUCAAAGUCUUCCCGUACGAAUACCAGAGGGCGCUUAAACAGAUGGCGCUGCAACAGGCGCCAGUCGCUAAGGUCGAGAACGGCAAAGAAGAGAAUGGAAUUGUCGAUAUUGAGGAAGCGGUGCGAAAUGUGGAGCACGACAAGAAGAAUUUGGAGAAAAUUAUAGAUAAAACUAGAGGUUUCAUCAAGUACCCGCGCGAGAGCACACUGUACCGGCCGGCGCAGACUCGCAUGCGCGACUGGGACGAGAUAUACGCGUGGGGACACGUGCGACGCGGACUGCGAGUACAGGCGGCGCGUUGUAUGGAGUGCGGAGUGCCUUUCUGUCAGAGCGGGCACGGCUGUCCGCUCGGCAACAUCAUACCCAAGUUCAACGACCUCGUCUACCGCGCUGAUUGGAAAGGGGCUUUGGCUCAGCUGCUGCAGACUAAUAACUUCCCAGAGUUCACCGGUCGCGUGUGUCCGGCGCCGUGCGAGGGCGCGUGCGUGCUCGGCAUCUCGGAGCCACCCGUCACCAUCAAAAACAUCGAGUGCGCCAUCAUAGACCACGCCUUCGACAACGGCUGGAUACAGCCCGAGCUGCCUGAGCAUCGCAACGGCAAAACAGUCGCCGUGGUUGGCUCAGGCCCUUCCGGUUUGGCGUGUGCGCAUCAGCUGAAUAAGGCGGGCUACACGGUAACAGUAUUCGAGCGUAACGACCGUCCCGGCGGUCUGCUGCAGUACGGUAUACCGAGCAUGAAGCUCAGCAAGGAGGUUGUGGCGCGACGCAUCAAACUGCUCACGGCCGAGGGCAUCAGCUUCAAGUGUAAUGUCGACGUCGGGAAGGAUAUAUCCGCUGUGGAUCUGUCUAAUGAAUACGACGCAGUAGUACUCUGCGCGGGCGCAACCUGGCCUCGCGAUUUACCGCUCAAGGGCCGACAGCUGUCCGGUGUACACUUCGCUAUGGAGUUUCUAGAAGGUUGGCAGAAGAGACAGGCCCAAGCUGACGGGAGAGGCAAGCCGGCCGCCCCAGAGCUGUCCGCCAAGGACAAGGAUGUUCUGAUCAUCGGUGGAGGGGAUACUGGGUGUGACUGUAUAGCGACGUCGCUCCGUCACGGCGCGAAGUCGAUCACGACGUUCGAGAUCCUGCCUGAACCCAAGAAGAAGCGCGGUCAGGACAACCCGUGGCCGCAGUGGCCCAGAGUUUUCAGAGUGGACUACGGACACGAGGAGGUUAAAGUGAAGUUCGGUCACGACCCCCGACAGUUCUCCACCCUCACCAAGGAGUUCUUGGACGAUGGUGCUGGCAACGUGGCGGGCGUGGCGGCGGUGCAGGUGGAGUGGAAGCGCGGCGCGGGCGGCCGCUGGGAGAUGGAGGAGGUGCCGGGCACCGAGCGCGAGUACAGAGCCCAGCUCGUGCUGCUGGCCAUGGGCUUCCUGGGACCGGAGCGGCAUGUGGCACAUCAGCUAGAUCUGCCGUUGGACGCUCGCAGCAAUUUCGAGACGCUCAAAGACAAUAUCUACAAGACGCCCAUCAGCAACGUAUUCGCCGCUGGAGAUUGCAGACGCGGCCAGUCGCUUGUGGUGUGGGCGAUAUCUGAGGGGAGACAGGCGGCGAGGGCGGUCGACGUCUAUUUGUCCGGCAAGUCGCGCCUCCCCGGCCCCGGCGGAGUCGUCUACGCGGACUGAGUUCGCCCCUGAUUGGUCCUGGGGCACCUUCAGCGUGCUGAGUGUGCCCCGACCGGAAUGUGCGGGGGACGUCCGGUCCAUACGCCCCUGAUGGGGCUGACGUGGACUGAAUACGCCUCUGAUGAGAUUGGCUACCACUCCAUUCAACGGUUAUGGCUCCUUACAAUCAUAGAGGCUUUAUUCUCGCUCGGAAUAGGUGUAGGGUGGGUUCGUCUGACCCCAUUUACACAUCUCGCCCCCAUAUUUGGCCAUUGACGUUCUAAAUACAUUAAAAUCAAUUUACGCAAACAAUAAACGUUAUUCUUGUAGUCGUCACGUAAAUUAUUAUUUGCAUAUCUUUAUUAAAUUAUCUGGUAUUUUGACCAUAUGCAUAUUAGUUUUGUAAUGCCAUAAGAUGCCAAUGGCCAAAGUUCUUUUUUGUAUCAGAAAGAAUAUCAAGUUUAUUAUUGUGGCAUUAUUUUAUUAUUAUUUAUUUAACAUAAAUUGAUGUCGGUAAAGGUACUAGCGACAAUAAACUGAACGUAACAGUGCCACGAAGUAAAACAUAGGUAGCGUCUUCGUUGAUGAUUUGUAUGAAAUAUUCGUGCAGAUUUUUGCAAUGAUGAUCGUUAAAAAUUUAAAGUUAAUUAGUGAAUGUAGAAUUUCGAUUAUUUAUCCAUCACUUUAUCUAGCGGACGGUUAAACGUUAGAAGUGUCAUAGUAUUAUUUUCGAGCGCGAGUGAAGAGAACAAAUUGAUUCAUAUAGGCAGAUGCGGGCCUACGUCGUUUGGUCGGGUUAUGUCAAUUCAGUAUUAGUUGUGGUUUGUC